CUUCUUCAAAUUAAGCGUGCUAUUAAAUUAAUGGAAGCAACUAUGAGUGCAGAUAAUGAUUAUAUUAUUUGUAAAGAUGCAAUUCGCUUAAAAUCCUUAAUGAUUACAGAAGAAGAAUGGAAAGUUCAUGAGGAAUUAACUAUAAUUUUGGCCCCUUUUGCUGAGAUUACACAAUUGCUAGGAG